AUGUCUUCCGUCUUCGACGACUUUUCCUCUGGAUCGGCGCAGGCUGCCCCCUCCCGAAGCUCGACGUCCAAUUCGGCGUCGCUUGACCCCCUCCUUCUGACUCCUCCCACGGACCAGCUUGGAGAAUCCUGGUGGUCGAUUUCAUCUGGCUCUUCCCAUCUUCGUCGCUCCGAACCCGACUUCUCCUUCCACCCUGGCGAUUUUGGAGGUUACGAUGAUACCACUUGCGGCCUGGUCACUCCAAUCACCGCCAAUCAGUCUGCAGUUGAUGAGCUCACUCCAACCGCGACACACCACGUCCCUCAGGAUGACACGGAUGUUCCCAUCUCCUCGUCUCCACUAACAAGAUGCCCAGCCGUACCUCUCGGCCUUUAUCUCGAGGCUCUUAGUGGCACUGAUGCCCGAUCAGACACGUCCGAAUCCACCACAUUCGACGAUACAGGUGCGAUCUUUAUGAAGACGCGAACCGAAUUCCGAGCAAAGUGGGCGAAGAUCCAUCCCGUCGACCUCGCCAGGAUGGGAGAUUCAGAGGCUAUCAACAUGAGAGAGUCUCAAGGCCCUCGAAUCUAUGAAGUCGACGCAAAAGGUCAACAAGCCCCCACUGGACCUGAUGGAGUCGAUGACGACGAGUUCUACCUCAACGGGCCGCCCCUUCGAACGUGGCAAAUCCGAGCACCAGUCGCGAAGCAAAUACGAGUCGAUGGGAAAGCUGAGACUGUUUACGAGAACAGUACCGUUGCGAUUUACGCUCUCGACCGCGUCUUCCUCCCUUCCACAGAAUGUUUGUGUGGCUCGCCCAAGAUGCUACCUGUCGAAUUCGAUGAGCAAGAACCGAUGACAGUCCCUCCAGUCAACUCUGCCGAUUGGUGGUCGAUUGAUCUGUCCUCUCCUUGUCUCCCUGAGAUUGGACCCCUUUCGACAGGCGAGGAGAUUCCUGACGAUAUCUCAAUCUUCGAUCUAGAUGAAGAGUUCGCGAUCGGAAACGAGGACAAGGAUAAGCUAGUAAUCGCCGCUAUGCAGACCAGGGAGGAUGACGCCAAGUCCAUGUUUGCCGCUGUCCGAGACAAGAAAGGCAAGGUUGAGGACGCGUUGAAAGUCCGAGGACAACGCGAGCCACAGCUUCACUCGGAGGGACUUGACCCUCCUUUCCCCGUUUGGUGGGUCCGCAAGACCUGGUCCGACGUCAAGGAGGUUUGCAAGCUGGUUUACAACGCUUGA